CCCCACCAACUGGUGGAGCUAUUUGGUAGCACCUCAGCCAAUCUGAUGGAUGACAGUCUUUCUGAACAUUUCCCUGGGACAUUACGGAAAAUGACUUUUUAAAGCGUUGGUGAAAACAACCAAAUUGGUGGCAAGUAUCCAAUCGGUGGUGGAGUGAUCAUUUUGGUUCUGAUUCAUCCAAUUUGGAAAAUGUCAAUUUUGGCUAUUCUAAGCUCAUUUUUGGUGAUGGCUUAUAAUGCGAUAUUUCGCGUCAAUUACUCUAAAUAUUUACCAGGAUAUGGUAGCGAUAUGGCACCUUGCACAUUAUACGACCAUUGGCGCACUUAUGAUUCAGUCCCCUUGGUCCACUUGUUUGAAGGUAAACAAUAAUGCUUGCUACAGGCAGCGCACGCUACGCGGAGCCAGCAAUUGUCUUGUGGUGCAUGUAGGUCAGUCGUUUUGUGCCGCUCAGUCUCGCUUCUGACCCCGUGAGUCAGAGCCGAAGAUAAGGACGCGGAUAGGCGCAGCCCCGGUGGCGGUCGCCCCACUCGAUAAGCGGAAUCCCACCGACGUCACCUGGCCGCCCCGGCGCCGAGUCUGGCCGCGCGAGCGGGCCGACGCCGGUGUGGGCGUCACUCGCGGUCGCGCUCCGCCCGGCCGGCGGGCAGCAGGCCUCGUGCCGGCUGGGAUUGCGCCGGGCCCGACGGCGGACGUGCGGCGCCGCCAUGCUGAUCCAGAGCAGCGCCAGCCCGCCCUGCAGUCCGGCCAUGGCGGCUAAGCCGGCGCGCGGGCCCGCCCCCGCCGCCGCCGUCAAGUGUGUGCUGGUGGGCGACGGCGCCGUCGGCAAGACCUCCAUGGUGGUCAGCUACGCCAACAACGGCUACCCCAGCCAGUACCAGCCGACCACGUACGACGACUACAACGUGGUGGUGAUGGUGGACGGCCAGCCGGUGCGCCUGCAGCUGUGCGACACGGCCGGGCAGGACGACUUCGACCGGCUGCACCCGGUCUGGUACGCGGACACGGACGUGUUCCUGGUCUGCUUCAGCGUCGUGUCGCCCACGUCCUUCCAGAACGUGCCGCAGAAGUGGGUGCGCGAGAUCCGGCAGCACCGGCCGCAGGCGGCCAUCGUGCUGGUGGGCACGCAGUCCGACCUCCGCUCCAACGUCGAGGUGCUGAUCGAGCUGUCCCGGUACAAGGAGGCGCCCGUCAGCGAGGCCGAGGCGCGCCGGCUGGCCGCCAGCAUCCGCGCCGCCGCCUACGUCGAGUGCUCGGCGCUCACGCAGCGCAACGUCAAGGAGG